GUCGAAUUCUACGUAGUUAAAGUAAUAAAUAUAUAUAAAAAAUAGCGUGAACCAAAGACAAUACUUUUAUGAACGUUAUAAUCGUUUGUCAAUGAUUUCAAAGGAUCAAAGAACUUGUUUACCAUUUCCUAGCAACCAUUAUUACUUUUAAUUUGCGUUUUUACAUUGCUAUUAUUGCUAAUUAUAACUAAAGAAAUAUGAUAAAAAAGAACACAAAAGAUUUGGCUCCAAUCGCGCUGCCACAUGGACCACCUGUGGAGUGUACUUCCGAAUAUUAUAAAUCUCUUAUGGAAAGCGCGCGCAUGGUCAAAAAAUAUCCAGUAUGGGAUGUCGCUCGACCCACACCUCAGGUUCUAAUGGAACAGGCUCGAAGGGACCUUAUGGAGGCCGACGAAAAAUUAGCCCAUAAGCGAGAAGAAGAGAGAAUUAACAGAAAGACCAUGGAUGCCAAGUGGAGCGACCUUCGAGAAAAGGAGAUGCUGUUGAAGGAAUCGUUCAUAAGUUUUAACAAGUUCAUAAGAGAAAACCAAGAAAAGCGCGAGCGUGCUGAAAGAAAAAUGGAAGCUGACCUUGAGGUGCUUGAACGAAAGACUAAGGAAACUGAGGUUAUGAAGGAGAGGGUAGAAGAAAUGGAGGAGGUCAGGGACCUUAUGGAGAAGCAAGUUAAGGCUUACACAGUUUAUGAGGAUUACCUCAUGUCUGUGGUUCAAAGCUAUCCCGAAUUUAAACAGCCACUAGACGUCCUAAACAGAUAUGAAGCGCUUGCUGCCGCUAAAAGUACGUUAGCGGAUCGUCAAGAGCGAGACCUAGAGAUGCUAGAAAGUGCCCGGCAAGAGAUUGCAGCGCUGACAGAAGAGAAGAAACUCUUCAUAAUGGGACUAAACAACAAGCUUGCUGAUUUGAGGUGGAAGUAUGACCAAGUCCGAAACCGCGUUAUUAAGUGGGAGCUAGCCCUCAAUCGUCUGAAAGAAACUGCCGCCCAGCGUCACGUGGAGUUAUGUCACGUGCGUGACGCCAUCUGGGGUCUCUACGUGAAAAUUAGUAAACAGAAGGGUCUACCGUUGGACGUGUCACCGACGGACUUCGAGCAGCAGCUGGUGGUCGUGAUGAGAGCGUUGCUGGAACUGAAGAGGAUCUAUAGGAUUGCGCAGCGGCGUUCCAAGGAGAAGGACAUAGAAUCGGUGCAAACCUCUUAAAUAUUGGAAAAUCUAAAUUAAAGAAGGGGCAGAAAUAUGCUUUUCUAAUCUUUGUAACUAUGACUAUUUCUUGUUUUCUACGAAAUUAAAUAUUAAAUGUU